AUGAGCAUCCUGCUGCUGCUCACCAGCCUGCUGCUCGCAGCCUGCCGGGGCCGCUCGGCCGCGCUGCUGCCGCCCACCGCCAGCUUCCUGAGGGAGAACAUCAUCCUGCUGAGCCGGCUGCUGCGCUCGGAGGUCCCCUGCGACGAGAUGACUGUGGCAGAUGUUUUUGCAGGUGAUAAGACAGGUGAUGAUGUGGAGAUCCUAUGCAAAGCUGCUACUGUCCUAUGGCAGAGCCACAGCUGCCACAGCUACCUGGAGGGCAUCUACUCCAACUUGCUCAGACUGGUGGAAAGGAGGAACAUGGGCUACAAGGCGCCGUGCCCGGUGGCAGGAGCCACCACUACCUCCCUGAAGCAGUUCCUGAUGGACUUAGGCAGAGCGCACCAACGCCUAGCGAAAAGCAGGAGCUGGGAGUGA